AUGGAAAACAUUACUACCGGGACUGCUGAACUACGUGAUGUGACCAAAAUCGAGCGAAUUGGUGCUCACUCGCAUAUUCGCGGCCUGGGCCUCGACGAACGACUCGAACCGCGCGCAAACUCGCAAGGAAUGGUGGGACAGCCGAAAGCACGUCGAGCAGCUGGACUUGUACUCAAAAUGAUUCAAGAAGGGCGGAUUGCUGGACGAGCGAUCUUGUUGGCCGGACCACCGAGUUCGGGUAAAACUGCGAUUGCAAUGGGCAUGGCCCAGUCCCUGGGCCCCGAUGUCCCGUUCACUACUAUCGCAGCCUCCGAGGUCUUCUCCCUCUCGCUCUCCAAAACCGAGGCACUCACCCAGUCCCUCCGUCGUUCCAUCGGCGUACGCAUCAAGGAAGAAACCGAAAUUAUUUCUGGAGAAGUUGUCGAGCUCCAGAUUGACCGCUCGCUCACCGGGUCUACCAAAACUGGCCGACUCACGAUUAAAACGACCGACAUGGAGACGGUCUACGACUUGGGCCAUAAAAUGAUUGACGCUCUGGCAAAGCAAAAAGUGUUAGCUGGAGAUGUUAUUACCAUUGACAAGGCCGCUGGCCGGAUCACAAAACUCGGGAGGAGCUUUUCCAGAAGUCGGGAGUACGAUGCCAUGGGAGCAGAUACCAGGUUCGUUCAGUGCCCCGAGGGAGAAAUUCAAAAGCGCCAAGAGGUGGUGCAUACCGUGUCGCUGCACGAAAUCGACGUGAUUAACAGCCGAACACAAGGAUUCAUGGCUCUGUUUGCUGGCGACACAGGUGAAAUCAAACCCGAACUACGAGACCAAAUAAACACCAAAGUCGCAGAAUGGCGAGAAGAAGGAAAAGCUGAUAUUGUACCUGGCGUCCUAUUCAUCGAUGAAGUCCACAUGCUAGAUAUCGAAUGUUUCUCAUUCCUCAACCGCGCUCUGGAGUCCGACUUGGCGCCUUUGGUGGUCAUGGCCUCGAACCGUGGUAUCGCCCCAGUACGAGGAACCAAGUUCCGCGCUCCCCACGGCCUCCCACCGGAUUUGUUGGACCGUAUUUUGAUUGUUAGCACCAGGCCAUACGAAGUUGAGGAAAUUGCCGAAAUUAUUAAAAUCAGGUGUCAAGAAGAGGAUAUCACUCUCGAACCAGACGCACUAUCUGUCCUGACUUCGAUGGCACAGCAAACCACGCUACGAUACGCCCUUCAACUAAUCGCAACUGCUGCCCUUGUGGCGAGACGAAGAGGCGGAAGUAGCAUCUCGGUAGCCGACCUACGCAAAUGCUAUACUUACUUCCUGGAUGAGAAGAGGAGCGUCGAGUGGUUGAGGACCCAGCAAGGUGCCAUGGUAGUCGAGGACGAUACCGAGGCAGCAAUGGAUACCGCAUAA